AUCGGAGUCGUCUUUCCUAAACUCUGGUUUGAAUUCUCUGAUCACCACUCUAUAUAGUCUUCUAUAAUAAUACUACUUACACGCACAGAAACCGUUUCUUCUCCACCAAAAGAAACCUAUUGGGAUUUCCUUAGGGUUUUGAUCUGGAGUUUCAUCACCUUGUUUAAUUGCAGGCAGACGACGCAUAUUUUUGUAAAGGGAUUUUGUUUUUGAAAAAAACUGCAUUCGUGAUCACUUGAAGAAGCACAUGCAAGAACUGUGGUUAUGGGGCUUUUGGAAGAGAUUUCGGAAAGCCUUGAUUCCUGCGAGGCCAAGAAGAACGGGUUUAAGAGAUCGAUUUUUGCAGUUGUGAGCAAUUACAAGGAUUACGAGGAGUAUGUGGAGACGACCCAGAAGAAGUUUCGGGAAUGCUACUCGGAACUCGAGUCCCGGGAGAAAAAUCUGAACUCCGUUGAGGAAUCGGUGAGGCAGAGUUCCGAGGAGUUGAAGUUGUUGAGGGAACAUAUUGAGGAGAGGGUUCGGUGUAUUGAGGAUGAGGAGAAGAGGCUGGUUGGGUUGGCCGUGAAGGAGAAGGAAUGGGAGGAGGGCAAGGAGAAAUUGGUUGAGGAAUUGAAGGAAAAAGAGAGGGAAUUGAAUGAGAAAGAGGUUUUGAUCAAUGGGGUUUCUGAAAAAUUGGAGCUUGACAAGAAUGAGUUGGCGGCAUUGGAAAAGUUGGUGGAAGAGAGGCUUAGGGAGGCGGGGUUGGAGGAGGAGCAUAUUGAGGAGAGGAGGAAAGAGAUUAAAUUGAUUGAAGAUGGGAUUUUGAAGAAAGUAAACGAGCUUGAUGAUAGGGAGAGGAAAGUUAAGGAGCGCGAAAAGAUGAUUAGUUGUAAGGGAUUGGAGGAUUCUUUGAGGGCAGAUAGGGAAAGGGUAAUUGAGAUGAAGGAGAAAGAGGAGAAAUUGAUUAGACAGGAUCUUGAGUGGAAGGAGAAGGAGAUUGAUAAACUGUUAGCAUUCCAUCAUCAGCGCGUGAAAGAACUGGAUAUGAGGGAGGAACAAUUCGAAGUGAAAAAGAAAGAGUUGGACUUGAGAGAGAGGCAAUUUGAAUUGAAAGAGAAGGCAUACACAGAAAGAAAGGAAUUGUUGGAGAGAGGAAAUAAGGAAUUGGAGUUGAAAAGGAGGGAAUUAGAAUGUAGGGUUAAGAAUCUAAAAGAUUUCGAAAUGAUUGAGAAAAAUUUGGGCGCAAAACAGAUAGAACUUGAGGAUGCGGAAAGGAGUUUGAAGGAGUGCUUGUUCCAAAAGAAGCAAUGCCAGUCUGAGAAAGAGUUGCUAGAAGAUGAAAUUAAGGAACUGAAAGCGAAAAGAAAGGAAUUUGAAGAUAGGAUUACGGGUUUGAAAGAACUUGAAGUUCGGGAGAAGCUAUUGGAAGUAAAAAGGAAAGAACUAGAGGAGGUUGCUCGGGCGAAUUUGGAGGAAUGUCAGUUAAAAGAGAAGCAAUGGCAGUCUGAAAAGGAGUCAUGGGAGAAACGAAAUAAGGAAAUCGAACUGAAGAUGAAGGAUUUUGGGGAUAGGAUCAAGUUGUUUGAAGCUAGAGAGAAGAAAUUUGAAGAGGAGAGGAAGAACUUGAAUGAUGAACUUUGUGCUCUAGAGCCAGUUAAGAAAGUAGUUGAUGAUGGUAUGAAUAGUGGUUCAUCUUCUCCUAAUUUUACACUUUCUGUAGAGCUAGAUGGUCUGGAUGUGCAUAUGUCCUUGAAUGGCUUCAAAAUUGACCUCAGCUCAAAGGAUGAAGUUUUAAAGGCUCUUCGAAAAUCGGGAGCCCCAGCAGAUAUGGUACUAAGUGCAAUAGAAUUACUUUAUCCUCCGUAUCUAAAGAAGGUAGAUAUGAAAUUUGAAGGGACUGUUGCCAGCAGCUGCAUUGUAUUGUUGGAGCAAUUAAUUAGAAUUUCCCCAAAAAUUGAAUCCAUUGAGAAGGAGCAUGCUCUCAGGCUUGCACGGGAUUGGAAGGCAAUGAUGGUGACUGGGAAUUCUCUAGAGGUGUUGGGCUUCUUAUACCUUCUGGCUUCGUUUCACUUGGCUUCUGCAUUUGAUAAAGAGGAGCUCCUGAAACUUUUGGAAACUGCUGUCGAGCAUGAACAAAUACCCGCAUUGUGUGUUCGUCUUGGUUUGAGGGACAAAAUACCAGGUUUAAUUCGAAAUCUUCUGAAAGUUGCUAAACAUUCCCUCCGAGCAAUUGAAUUAAUAUAUUGCUUUGGCCUUGUUAAACAAUUCCCACCAGUGCCUAUCUUGAGGCAGUAUAUGAGACACUUUAAAGGAACCGGGAAGAGUGAUGAAAUUGACCAAAGAAUAGCUGCUGCCCAAGCUGUCCUCAGAUGUGUUGUUCAGCGUAAGCUCGAAUCUCAAUAUUCACCCAGAGAUAUUUUAAACACAAUUAAGCAGCUGUCGAUGCAGAAGUUACAAGGAAAAUGUUCUGAAUUUGUUGAUCAUUAUAAAGGCCAAGUCAGGAGAGAGGUUGACAGUAGAGAAACGCCAGUUGGCUCUGGAAACAAUACAAAUAUGGUUGCUGAAGAUCAACACAAUAGUGAAGUUGGAACUAUUUCAUCCUCUAAUUUUCCAGAUUGCUUGAAGAGCUGGAAGAAGGAUCCUGUGUUAAACACAGGCGUCAGCCCUCCACAUGCUAUGGCUUUUCUCCUAGCCAAUAUGGAUGGAAAAAGAUUGCUGUCUUUCCUUGAUAUGUAUUCGGUUGAUCAUCAGUUGUUACAGAGUGAAGUUUUUACUGCUCUGCAAAUUUUAGAUGACUCAUCCAAACUUGUGUUGAAUGUGGUUGAAGGAUUCUAUAGCUCUUACCCUCAAGAACAAGGGUUAAGGAGUUGCAUCUUUUUGCUAGAGCAACUAAUGAGAAUUUCAACAAUUAUUUCUGUUGAUGUGAGGGACGUGACACUUAAAAUGGCCUUGGAUUGGAAGGCAAAGAUAAUGGCUGAUUUUGGAAGUCCAUUGUUGGUUGGAGUUUUUCUGCUAUUUGUAAGUAGCUUUAGGUUGAUUUCUGCAUUUGAUGUUGGUGAACUUCUACCACUUUAUGAAAUUGUUUCAAAGGAUACAUCUCUCAUAGGGUUAUGUCAGUCACUUGGCAUUUCAAAAAUGAUUUCUGGUACGGUUCAUCCUCAGUUAGAAAUCCAAAAAACUAGGGAAGAUGAUUUGCAGUUGGAUAUCAAAUCAGCAACUUCUACUGUAUCUCUAGAAAAAGGUGUCCAGCCUUUGUGUAGCAAUGUCUAUAUGGAAUCAGGAAUGCACGGUUUUUGUUGCACCCAAAUUCCAAGGUUUAUUCAACAUUCAUCGGACCCAGCAGUACUUGUUUUGGAUGCCUUAGAUUUUAGCUAUUUCUCUGACUCCCCUAGGAAUAAGAUCUCUGAGUUGGUCGCCAGGAGUUUAUUUCACCUGUUAAGGCAACUGAUGAGUGUUUCCCCAACUAUCAAACCUUGUGUGAACAGAAGAGCUUUCAAGGUUGCCAAUGGUUGGAAACAGAACUUGUCAGGUUCAAAUUCUUGGGAAGUAUUAGCAUUUUUGCAGUUUGUAGGUGUCUAUGGAUUGUCAUCUGCUUUCACUGCCGAAUAUCUUCUUGCUCUUUUGGAGGUUCCACCUCAACUGCUUAAGGAGGCUUGUAAAUUAAUUAGAUUUCUCAACUUGGAAGCUAAUAUUCCUGAUUUCAUUACAAAGCUCGUUGAAAACAAGCAGUGCCUUCUUGCUUUUGAGUACGUUUAUGAGUUCAAUUUAGUUGACAAGAUUCCACCUGUGGUUCUUUUGAGGAGCCAUGUUUUACACACAAAGCUGGCAGCCAUGAAAAUAUAUAAGGAUGAGAAAGCUACUUCUCAGGAACGAGUAUGUUAGUUAUCCUUUGUUUUGUUUCCUGUUAUCUAAUGUAUGUUUUUUCUUUUGGUCUGAUCUCAAUUAUCAAUUUAUCAAACUCUGCGGACAGGACAAUGCUAUUUCUGAUGAAAUAUCCGCCCUUAGAGAUGUUAUCAAAUGCAUUUUGGACCGUGGUCUUCAAGCUGAAUACUCACCAGACGAACUCAGACGAAAAGUUGCGCAGUUGGGAACUGAAAGGGCAAAUUGGAAAACAUCAGCAACCACCUUGGGGAACUCCCGAAAGUUGGGUAUUAAUCAUGGAGGACGGCCUGCACCACCCGGUAAUACCCGGUCAGUGCAAGAGAAUACAAGAAAACGUCCUGCCUCUAAUAGGAGCUUCCCUAAAAGGGCUCGAUUACCUCAAUCAAAGAAGUUUCGCCCAUUAAAUGCUGCUCCUGAAGCAGGUUUGUCAAACCCUAUCACGGCGAGCAACAAGCAGAUCGCUUAGCACUAGCAGUAUCGUUCAUAUAUGAUAGGAAAGAGGAGUAAAUAUGACAAGUUUCUAGCUUUUCUUUUCCCCAAUUUUGGUUGCAUCUCGGAUCGCUUACCCACCAUAUUCGUUGGUUGGAGAGCUAUUCCAAGAGCUGUUGCUUCCAGCCGGGAGGAGACCCUUUUUGCGUAUGGCUCCCUUUUUGAACUCCGGUGCUGCAGUGACUGAAAUGAGCUAACUUACGUAGUUAGUGAUAGCUGUGCAAUUGUAUCAUAUAUUUCAGUUUUUGUACAGUUUAUCUUCAGAUUUAUUGGGAUCCAAUAAAAAUAAUCUAUAAUAUAUGAGUAAAAUUCUAG